UUGACGCCGUGUCCCCCACACAUUCGGCUGGACCAGCCCCGGACUGUCCGAUCUAUUGGCCGGCAAACAUGGCGACGACGCUCAUCGGGGAACCUCAGUCUUUUGGUGGAACUCCCCUAGCAAUGCUGGCAGCACAGUGCAACAAAAUCUCCAGCAGGGCGCCCAGCGGUGACGUCAGCAAGUCCUUCAUGCCGUGGAGAAAGCACCCCGCAGGCGUGGCUUCCCCUGGCCACCUCCACCACCACAUCGCCUCCCAGAGGAUCGGGGCUCUCAACCACUCCCCCCUCACCAUGUCCAACAACCUGUCCUACCCCCCCUCCACCGUGGGCUCGUCCAACACGACGUCCUACCACAACGAACUCUUCUACUCCUGCCCGGGGUCAGUGACCCACGUCCCGACCCAGCCUGCAGAACUCUCCCAGUCAGCGUUGUUCCAGAAAAUGCACUCAGACAACGGCCUGGCCAACCCGGGCUUUGGGGCCAUGUACUCACGCGUGCCUUCUGUUUCAGGUGCCUACGACUCGCCCUGGCCAUUUUCUAACAUUCCAAGCACACAUUCGGGGCCAACACACGCCGUCAAACACAACGGACUAACCCAUUCUUCCAACGCAGGGGGGACAGCGUGGUGGGAAGUUCAUCCAGCAUCCAACAUGCAUCCAGCCGGUAACAACUGGCUGUCAGACACGACCUCGCUGCACGGUCAGCUGGCGGCGUCCUACCCGGCCCCGGACUAUCAUAUCGGUCACUCUCUGGCCUCCACCCCCGGGCUGCUGACGUCACAGCAACACCUGCUCCAGGACACGUACAAGUCCAUGCUACAGCCGGCAGAGGGCAGCCCGAGCUUCAUGCCCCGACCCUCGGGCCUGCCCAGCCCCAGGGGUUCUCGCCGCUACACGGGACGGGCCACAUGUGACUGUCCCAACUGUCACGAGAUAGACAGGUUAGGACCUGCCGGGGAACACCUGAGAAAACGGAACAUCCACAGCUGCCACAUCCCGGGCUGUGGGAAAGUCUACAACAAAACCUCCCACCUCAAGGCACAUCUACGCUGGCACACGGGCGAGAGGCCGUUCGUCUGUAACUGGCUCUUCUGUGCCAAAAGGUUCACGCGCUCCGAUGAAUUACAGCGCCAUCUUAGAACUCACACAGGCGAGAAACGUUUUGCUUGUCCUAAAUGUAACAAACGAUUUAUGAGAAGUGACCAUCUUAGCAAACAUGUCAAGACGCAUGCGCAGAACGAAAAGAAAGCCGGAGAAGACAGCAGCGAUGAAAUAAGCGACAAGAAACAUGACACAUGAGACGUCACGUCACGUGACGUCACGACACACGAGACGUAAAUACAAGAGAAAGUCACGUUCCUCAAGAAUGACGUACUCUUUAAUUGUUGUCCUUGUUUGGACACUGCCUUAAAAUACCAAGCCUUGCCUUGGUUGUGUGUUAUAAGAGAUGAACAACUCGUCAAUUCUUGGCUGGACAACUGGUCAAUUCUUGGCUGAACGACUGGUCAAUUCUUGG